AUGUUCGCUAGAGCAAUUAGCAGAAGAGGAAUUACUGGAUUAUUUGCAGGAGCAAGCUCAAGCUCACAGUGUAAAAUGGCUGAUCGUCAAGUGCAUACACCUCUGGAGCCAGUUCAUCGUCACAAGUAUACCAACAAUGAAAACAUUUUGGUGGAUCAUGUUGAGAAAGUCGAUCCGGAAGUUUUCGGCAUUAUGAAAAAUGAAAAGAGCCGUCAACGACGUGGUCUCGAGCUCAUCGCCUCGGAGAACUUCACCAGUAAAGCCGUAAUGGAUGCUCUUGGUUCGGCAAUGUGCAAUAAAUACAGUGAAGGAUACCCUGGAGCUAGAUAUUACGGUGGAAACGAAUUCAUCGAUCAAAUGGAGCUUCUCUGCCAAAAGAGAGCUCUGGAAGUUUUUGGACUUGAUCCAUCCAAGUGGGGAGUAAAUGUUCAGUCUUUGUCUGGAUCCCCAGCAAACUUUGCUGUCUAUACAGCCAUCGUCGGAGCUAAUGGACGCAUCAUGGGACUCGAUUUGCCAGAUGGUGGACAUCUGACUCACGGAUUCUUCACUCCAGCCCGCAAAGUUUCUGCCACUUCCGAGUUCUUCCAGUCAAUGCCAUACAAAGUCGAUGCCCAAUCUGGUUUGAUUGACUACGACAAGCUCGAGGAAAAUGCUAUGCUCUUCCGUCCAAAGGCUAUCAUCGCUGGAAUUUCUUGUUAUGCCCGCCAUUUGGAUUAUGAGCGUUUCCGCAAGAUUGCUAACAAGGCAGGUGCUUACUUGAUGUCCGACAUGGCUCAUAUUUCUGGACUCGUCGCCGCUGGACUCAUUCCAUCACCUUUCGAAUAUGCUGAUGUUGUGACCACUACUACCCACAAAUCACUCAGAGGACCACGUGGAGCUCUCAUCUUCUACAGAAAAGGUGUCAGAUCUGUGAAUGCAAAGGGAGUCGAAUCUCUUUAUGAUUUGGAAGAGAAGAUCAAUUCGGCUGUUUUCCCAGGACUUCAGGGUGGACCACACAACCACACUAUCGCUGGAAUUGCCGUUGCAUUGAGACAAUGUCUCUCUGAAGACUUUGUUCAAUACGGACAACAGAUCUUGAAAAAUGCAAAGACUUUGGCUGAGAGACUGAAGACCCAUGGAUAUGCUCUUGCUACCGGAGGAACUGACAAUCAUUUGUUGCUCGUUGACUUGCGUCCAAUCGGAGUCGAAGGAGCCCGCGCUGAGCAUGUUCUCGACCUGGCUCACAUUGCUUGCAACAAGAAUACUUGCCCAGGAGACGUUUCUGCCUUGAGACCAGGAGGUAUUCGUCUUGGCACUCCAGCCCUCACUUCUCGUGGAUUCAACGAGCAAGACUUUGAGAAAGUUGGAGAUUUCAUCCACGAAGGAGUUCAAAUCACUAAGAAAUAUAACGCUGAAGCCGGAAAGACAUUGAAAGACUUCAAAACGUUCACUGCCACCAACGAGCAAUUCAAGCAAGAAGUCGCGGAUUUGGCCAAGCGAGUUGAAGACUUCUCCACCAAAUUCGAGAUUCCAGGAAACGAGACAUUCUAA